GAUUAAGAAAAAUCACUAUAGGAAACGUGUGUUUGUAACCGUACCAGUAAAUUAGAGUUUUUUAACGUGGUGCUUAUUAAACAAAAAGCACGAAGUAUUUUCUAAACGAAUCUUCGAAAGCGGUGCAAAGGAAAAAAUACUCAACCAAAAAAGAAAAAAGGUCGAUCCAUGGCUCAAAAACGUUUGAGUGCAAAAUCUAAAGCCACUAAAAGUGCUGGGGCAAUGCGAAAACACGUUGGUGAUGCGAAAAAGAAGUCAACGUUUACAAAAGCCAAGAAUUCCAUCGAGCGGAAAGCACGCAGUAACUAUAUUCAUAGCAUCGAGGCAGCGAUGGCGUCUCGCGUUCCGUCCGAUCAAAGUUCCAAGUUGAAGAUCGUGAAGCCUGCGCCAGUGCAGAGAAAAAAAAACAUGAAGAAGCCUUUAACUCGUGGUCGUAAGCGCAAGUAA